CAGCCAAAAAAGUCAAACGUCUACCUACGUAACGUUAUGUUAUUUAUUUAUUAAAAUACUACUUUGCUAAUAACUAUUUAACAAACCUAAACACUUCAAUUAGUUUAAUUAAACGUCGUUGUGCUAGUUGUCUUUCAGAAAUGGCAUCGUUAGCUAUUAAAGUAAAAAGUAAAAACGGCCAGCAGAUAUUAAAAGACUUGACCUCUGAUAGUACCGUGGGUGAACUAAAAAUGUUUCUAUCUAGUCUUACAGAUGUAAGCUGUGAGAAUAUAAGCGUUUUACUAGGCUAUCCGCCUAAACCUCUGGACAUUAGUAACAAUGACAAAAAAUUGUGUGAAAUAGGAUUGAAAACCGGUGAAACAUUAAUUAUAGAAGAGAAAUCUGUAUCUGUUGGAGAGAGUGUGCCUCAAGCUAGUAAAGAUAAACCAAUUGAGAACGGAAUUGUGUCCCAUGAAGACCAGACUCCUUGUAGGCCUGGCAUUUUAAUGAAGAAAGUUGUUCCUUCAGAUAAUUCUUGCCUUUUUACUAGUAUAGGGUUUGUGUUAAACGGCAAUGUAGAUACGACAGUUCACACUCUCAUGCGACAAAUCAUAGCGAUGGAAGUGGCUAGUGACCAUGAGACAUACAAUGAGGCAAUGCUAGGAAAGCCCAACGCUGAGUACUGUGCAUGGAUUCAGCAGCCAAGUUCUUGGGGAGGAGCUAUUGAGGUAGCAAUUUUAUCUAGAUUUUAUGGCUUGGAAAUGGCUGUUGUAGACACAUUAAAUGCAAUCAUCAAUAGAUUUGGAGAAGACAAGAAUUAUGGACAGAGAGUAUUUUUAUUGUUUGAUGGGGUGCACUAUGAUCCUUUAUAUUUGGAGCAAUCUGAUGGUGGAAUCCAAACUGUGUUCCCCGCUGAAGAUAUGGAUAUUUACAAAGAAGCGGAACAGCUUGCCAAAGAAGCAAAAUCGUCUAGACAAUUCACGGACUUGAAUAAAUUCACUUUAAAAUGUCAAAUCUGUGACAAGCUCCUCACGGGUCAGGUUGAGGCGCAGAAGCACGCUAAAGAAACAAUGCACACAAGCUUUGGAGAAGUCUAGCAUUUGCUAAAAGAACCAAAACGGAGUUUGUUAUCAUCACUCAACAAGAUGCUACAGAAAUUUCUUCAAGCUCAUAACUAGAUUGUUACUAUAAAAAUAUUUGAGCAAUUGUGAAUUAGUUAUUAUCAAAGAGAUUUAAUAAUAUAUACUAUAGAGUGGCCAUUAGGGAAUUUUUAUACAGAUUUGGUCUUAUGAGUGACACCAUCUAGUUUUAAUUAGAAAAACGAAAAUAUCAUUUAUUUUUGUGUGUCUGUGCUUUUCGGCACGUUUUUGUGAAGAAUGUUACAAUCUUAUUAGAAUAACUAGGAUUUUCAAAACUGUUGUUUAUGCUUGAGAUAAUGUAUUUCAAUGUCCAGUCUAUUGUUAUAUACCAUUUAAAUACCUUUGGAGUUUGGUCAUGUAACAUAAUAUAUUUCAUUACAUUAAAGAUUAUAAAUAUAAGAAAUAUUGCAAUAAAUAAUUAUAUAUUUCAUGUUAAUAAUUGUUUUAGCUACUUAAUAAUAUAUAUUAUAUACCAUGAUUAUUUUUUGAGACUGAAAUAGAUUUACAUAAACAAAUGUCUUAUAGUUUAUGUAAUAAGUUUUUGCUAUGUUCUGGAGCUAGUAUUAAAUAUAGAAAAAGUAAGAGAUUGAAAAUUUGUAAAUUCACUAAGUGCUGAUAUAGUAAGUACCGAAAUAACUGUUACAAUUUGAUAAUUUUUUACGUAAUAUUUAUAGAAAGUAUAUUGAUAAUAUUGGGACAAUUAUUGGAUUUGAAAAGAGAUUGCAUAGAGCAAGGGCUAGAAAUGUAGCAAUUUGUAAUAUUUAACAUCAUUGUUCAUCGCCAACACCAGAUUAUUUACUAAUGACAAUAAACAUAAGUUUUGGUUCUUGUAGAUAUUAUGUUCAUAGCAUGUGUGCAUAUUUUAACUUCAUUUUUGCACUUAUUAAUUCGUGUUCCUUCGAUUUUUAUCAAUGCAUUUUUUUUUAAAUAUGUAAUUAUUAUUAUCUUAGAUCAUACCAUUUUACCAAUACAAUGUCAUUGAUAUGUUUGAAUUAUUACAUGAAUUAUUUAGUUCUAGCUGGGAAAGUUGACUUGGAAAUGCAAAUAAACACCAUCAUUUUA